AAUUUUAAUAUUGAUAUAUCGCCCUAGGAUCUUUCACGCUAAUUUUUUUUCGUAAAAUUUAGAAAUUUGCGAGUUGAAAAUAUAUCCCGGAAGCGUAACUUUGGUGGAUCACUGAACUAUGAAAAAAGGAAAAGAGCUCAGGAUUAUUCGUUCAAUGACUUGGGAAUAACUUGGGACUCCCUUAUUUUUAUUAACUUUUUUUAUUGACGACAUCCUUCCUCACGCGACUCUCAACUUAAUUAAUAUUUUAGAACAGCUAGCGAAAUGCAUUUAAUCACUCCGAAUCCAGUUUUUUGCCAAUUUAUGUUUCCAAGUCUCGUUUUAGUAUUCUGACUCCUCCAAUGCUGCCACAAAGUCAGUCAAAACAUUUGCUCCAGUCAACAUGAAAUUCCUUAUUCUAUCCUUUGCCCUUUUGGCAGUUGUAGCAGCUGAUGUUUCCCAUCUUAGAAGCCCAUACCCACUAGUCAAGAUUUUAAGACAGGCACAUGAUGCUUCCCCUGAUGGUUCCUACAAGUAUGCAUAUGAAACCGAAAAUGGAAUCGUAGCUGAGCAAUCUGGACAACCAGGACCAGUGGGUCCUGAGGGACCCGCUGUUGUAGCUCGAGGAAGUUACAAAUAUGUUGGAGAUGACGGAGUGACAUACGAAGUAAAAUACGUCGCGGACGAAACUGGAUUUCAUCCCGAAGGAGUGCACAUUCCUCUCGUUCCGGAAGUCAUUGAACGUUCUUUGAAAUUCAACGCAGCUCAUCCUGAAACUCAUUAUAAUAAUGGUUUUGUGCAUAACACAGUCACCACUCGACCCAAACCAUUCCGUCACUGAUUUCAUUACUCACUUCAAUUGAUAAAUACAUAUUAUCACUUCAAAUUAUUAUUUUACUUAUCACCGAGAGAUAACAGCGAUAUCUCAGCAAAGAGAACUUAUAUAGAACAGU